GUGUACCACGCCCUCCAGAAGACCCGCCCCCAACAGAAAGUGGUGUUCUUCCACCCAGACUACCUGAUUGAGCUGGGCAGGUUCUGGCAUCGUCGCGGGCAACGAGCCCGACGGCUCUCUACUGGUCUGAUGCUGGCCAGCACUGCUUUGGAGAUCUGUGAACAGGUAGGUGUGUGUGUUUUGUUUGUUGUGCGUCUGCGUGUGUGUUUCUAAGUCUCUAUUAUCUGUCUUUCAGGUUCAUCUGUACGGCUUCUGGCCCUUCCCUCUGGAUCUAUCCCACAAUCCUUUGCCCCAUCAUUACUAUGACAAUGUGGGUCCGAGCCGCAGAAUGCACGCAAUGCCUGAAGAGUUCCUGCUAUUACUACAACUCCACAGCCAGGGGGCGCUACAGCUACAUGUUGGACCCUGUACACUCUAA